ACACAAGAGAGGAGAGACAAUUGAUCACCACCACUGGCCGAGACCUGAAAAAAUGGUGCUGGAUGAGCAGAGGAUUAGGACUUAAUUGUAAAAGGGAAAUAAAGUCUUGGCAGGUGAUUUGCUUCAUUUCCACAUUCAUCAUGGCCCAGAUCCUCUGGCUGGCUGGUUGAUGGGACUGUCCAACGCUUCCUGCUUAGUUUCAGUGCACAUCCCCUCUGCCUGUGGAUCAGAAGACCUGGGAUCAGGUGGGAACUGGAUGGUGCCAAAUACGGGAAUGAAAAGAGAAAUGGACUCUGACAAGCUAAGAUGGAAGUGACUUGACAGCUCCAAGCUCCACAGUAGUCUCAAGUACAGACAGGUUAAGACGGGAAUCUCAGGCUUCACUGGGAAAGCAGUAUGCAGGAAGCUGGUUUUCAGGCCACAAAUGCUUUCACAGAGUGCAAAUUCACCUGCGCCAGUGGUAAAUGCUUGUAUCUUGGCUCAUUGAUUUGUAACCAGCAGAAUGAUUGUGGGGAUAACAGUGAUGAAGAGAACUGUCUGCUUGUAACAGAGCAUCCACCUCCAGGCAUCUUUAGCUCUGAACUGGAGUUUGUUCAAAUCAUCAUCAUAAUUGUGGUUAUAACUGUUAUGGUGGUAGUGAUCAUCUGCUUGUUGAACCAUUACAAACUCUCGACACGCUCCUUUAUCAACCGGCAGAGCCAAAGCAGACGACAGGAAGAAACUUUGCAGACAGAAGGGUGCUUGUGGCCUUCAGGCUCAGUUUCGCGCCAGGGUGCUUCAGAGAUCAUGUAUGCUCCAAGGUCCAGGGACAGGUUUACCGCCCCAUCUUUUAUGCAGCGGGACCGUUUCAGUCGCUUCCAGCCCACUUACCCUUACAUGCAGCAUGAGAUUGACCUUCCUCCAACCAUCUCCCUCUCCGAUGGGGAAGAGCCACCACCCUACCAAGGCCCCUGCACCCUGCAGCUCCGGGACCCAGAACAGCAGAUGGAACUCAACCGGGAGUCUGUCAGGGCACCACCCAACCGAACCAUUUUUGAUAGCGACUUGAUAGACAUCUCGAUGUACAAUGGGGGCCCCUGCCCACCAAGCAGCAAUUCGGGCAUAAGUGCAACCAACUACAGCAGUAAUGGAAGGAUGGAAGGACCACCCCCGACGUACAGCGAGGUCAUGGGGCAUUACCCAGGCUCCUCUUUUUUCCAUCACCAGCACAGCAACACGCCUCCUUCCUCGCAGAGGGGGAGCAGACUUCAUCAGUUUCAGCAGAACAAUUCAGAGAGCACAAUAGUCCCCAGCAAAGGCCAAGACCGGAAAGGGGGGAACCUGGUGUGAGUCACCACCUGCCCAGGUGUGUGAACUGAAGAGAAGAGAUGGGAGCAGAGCGUUGGAGGAGGAACCGACCCCCUGCUCCGGUGCACAAUGUUGUUACGUUUCACGUGGUACAACCGAGUAAAACCAAACGUGCAAACCAGUUCUUUGUUUCUGAUUCCUUUCAGGGGGAUUGCAUGCAAAGCAGAUUGAAAGACAUACAAACUUCCAUUCAGUUUGUCUACAAGCAGUGUUUCGGGGGGAGGGGGGGAAAUAUAUUAUUUUUUUUUUAAUAAACUAUUUCAAUUAUUUAAUUCUAAAAGUUAACUUAGCACAGAAUUGAGGCUUGUACAGCCUGUUUUAUACUCACUGAAUGGCAGAAGGAGGAACGUGAUUUUGCUAGAUAAAUGGGGGAAGGAUUGGCCAGUUUGCUUUUUUUUUUUUUUUUUUUUUCCCAGUGUGUGGAUUUUUUUUAAUAUGAAACAAAAUUCCUGUUUUGUGUGCCAAGGUAUAAAGUUGAGAACUUAGAUGAAUGCAAGGAAUUAAUUUGUGUUGUGAUAAAUGUGUUUUAAAAAGUUGCACUAUCUUAAUGUUUUUAAAAAAAUAUAUAUGAGGGAACUGUUUUAUGUGAAGUUCUUCUAUAUGUUGUCUUUUCACCUGUGGAAUAAUGAUAGAGCCCCAGAAGUAAUCUGGAGGAGUUUUCCCCCCUCCCCCCGGGUUUGCUAGAAAAAGGGGACAGGACUUAGCCUAACAUCUCUAGACUUCUACAAAUCAAGAAAUACAGGGACACUUAACUUGUCUUUGCAAUAAUUUGCAUUUGAGUAACAGUGCAUCGAUGAAGUGUCUUGGAGACUUUUGGACGGAAGAAGGCAAAUACGAAAUCCCAGCAUUUUCCAUCACUUAUGGUUUAGCUAUUUUGCAGCACAGACUUACUUGUUUCGUAAACGGCAAAACAGAAUUCCAGAUGCAUUCAUUUUUACUGAUUCUUUUCAUACUGCAGUAUCUCCAGUACUUAUGGUUUUAGAGAUUUUUGUCCUCACUGUAGCCUGAAAUGUAUUUAGUCACAUAUCAUGACGUUAUGCAAUAAAUCGUUUAAAAAUGCAAGGUGGGUUUUUUUCCCCUGCAGUGCUGUUAAAGAUACGUGAGACACGGUUGUGCUUUUUUCACCCUUUUUCACCCUUCAGAUAUUGGGGUUCAGCCCUGGAGAUUCACCCUGUUGCAGCCAAGGGGCUGUCGUAGCCAUCACCCCCCUGCCCCAUGCAAGUUUCCGCAGCAGCGCCCUGAGCGACCCCGAUGCUGCGUUCUGUGCCCUCCCUGGCAGCAGCACGGCAGCAGCAUCAGUAAUUCCCACUGCAAACAUUUUUGCUCUGGGCCCUGUUGCAGAAAUCCUCUUCCUUCCCUCCCUCCCUCCCUGUGUUGGUACCAGCAGGACCGUGCUUGUGUGUAGAGAUGACUCCUGUGUUAGCUGGAGUGUCUGUAAGCCCUCGUUUCGCUGUGCUGGUCUGAGGAGUGGUUGGGAAACGUUCCCCAUCCUGUCAGAUGGCUCGUGGGGUGUUUCUCCCCUGGCUGUGUCCCUGUGAAAGCACACGCAGGGGCUGGAAGGCAGUCUGCAGAUGGUGGUAGUGGCAUCACAAGCACAUGAAAAAGCACAACUUGCACUUAAAAUGCAUUUUGGAAACAGACUUAAAGUAAGAACCUUUAGAGUCUUAGCUUGAGCAGUUCCUAAUAUAUAUGUGUGUGCGUGUGGGUGGGCGUCCUAGACCUUUUCACUUAAGGAUCUUUUGGGGUUUUUUUCUCUUUUCUGAAGCCUUGUGCUUAAUUAUGGGCAGCAGCCACUGAGUGCCCUGAGUGCACUGUAGAGGAGCGCCGUGCCCUGGCGCCCGAUCCCGUGGCUGGAGGUUGGAUUUCUGCAGGACUUCUGUACACCAGGGGCUCUGAUAACUGAAGUGCAUCUUUGAUCUAUGCAGAGUUUUAAUGCCAAAACAGUAUGUGUGACUGUGUGUGUGUUUUAUGGGCCUCAGUGUAGAUUAUUUUCUUCAUAAAGUAAUUUGGCUUUAUUCUGGUUUAGAAGAUGUUUGUGUAACUCUUAGUCUGAGUUUGCAGCCUCAUUUGCCUCUGUAAUUUUUUUUUUUUUGUCUGAGUCAUGCUGGUAAUGCAGAGUAAAGCUGCCUUUUAAUUUAUGUGGUAUUUGAAGGGAGAGAUAGAGAUUGUAUGAUGGGAUUAACAUUGUUUUUUUUCCCCACUCUGACUCACAGGACAGGUGUUUAGGAGAUGACUAAGUGGCUGUCAGUCAGCUAGGGUUCUUGUCGUGUCUGGUUCCUGGUAAUAAAAGCUGUGAAUUUAGAUUUUUACAAACAACCUACGAACAUAAUUCUUUGUUAAAAAAAAAUAAAAGAAAAAAAAAGAAAAGAAAAAACCAAACAGAAGACAAAACCAGAAAUUGUUUGGUUUGGUCUUCAGUGACUUCUUGUCCUUCAGAAAUGAGUUUUUAAGUUGGAGAAUGUGUGUGCCUACACAGAUACUGUGUUGUUGCCUAAAUGAGGAUUAUUUAGCCAAGAAGCCUUCAGGCAAGAACAGCUGGGCCCUGGGCUUGGGCUGCUUGAUAACCAACUUUUCCCCAUGCACAGAUCUCAGCAAAGGGAGCCUUGAAGUUGCCUUCAAAGUCACCUCUUGGGAAAUGCUUUGUUUGCAGGCAGCUCAUCGCCAGCUUUUGCCAUCUCUGCAUGCCAGUGAAUUUGUACAUUUCCCAUUAACGUUGCCCAGUGUGAGCUGUAUGUACACUGUUCUCUCACAGUUUUUCUUAACUGAGGAAGUUUUUCUUUGCAUGGAAAACGUAGCCUGUUCCAGUUCUGUAGAAAAGAUUUGUUUAAAAAGAACUUAGUAUUUGCUCACCUAAUGGUUGCAUUUCCUCUUGCCUCUUCACCCUCUCAUCCUGUUCUCCUACCCAGCCUGCAGCCAGCAUCCCUCUCAGCUCUGAAAGUGUGGUCACCUGUUGCUUGCUGUAGGUGGCUUGCAGUCUGCUACUUUUGUUUUGGGAGCCUGUCUUCAAGGAGGUAUUUUCUGAUGAGUAUCAGUGAUUCCUGAUGGAGGUGCCGUCAGUAGUACAAUGUUGCAACCGUGCAUGUUUUCCUGCUUUUGUUGCAGUGAGAAAUGUGCCCUUGCUUACAGAGCAGGAUGCUUAAAGAAGGAAUAUCAGCGUUAGCUAGAACUAGCAAUCUAUACAGGUUUAGAAACUGAUCAUAUAAAUAAGUGUAUUAAUAGAUCAUAUUAACCUGAAUUCUGGUUGCAUCUCCUGACCUUUACCCAGUAAGCCGUCUUCUCAAAAUUCAGUCUAGUGAUGUCCCUGCUUCAGAAAUUUUCGAGUUAAAAGAUAAUUUUUUAAAAAAUGUACCUUUAGGAGAUAAAGCGUUGUGACCUCUAUCCUGCUGCAAAGGUUUCCUCUCCCCUUAUGUGGCUUGGCAUGGCUCUCUUGUUGGUGCUAAAUAUGCCCUAUCUUUGGUGUUUUGCUGUGAUCUUGCAGGGCUGGAUAAGGCAAAGGCAGGGGGGUUUAGCAACAGAAAAGAAGUUUCUGUCCCAGAUUCCUGACGGAGCACUUGGAUCUAAUUCUGGAUGUGCAUUUAGCCUGGUUGUGGCUGGGUUCACCUUCCUGCUGUACAAGCAGGUUCUGCGUGUGUGGCACUGCUUGAAAGAUGUGAGGGCAUGAAAGCAGAGCACCCAGGCACCAGAACAGCGUUCAGAUCCCUUUCCUCUCACGUGUGGCAUGUGCAGAAUUCACGGUAUUUUGCCUAAGAGGUUGUUUUUGUCAGGAAAGACUUUCUUAGUCUACUCCUACUCUUGUCACUGAUGAACUUAACCCAGUUUCAGCCUGAUGUGACUGUUAGAGUAGGCUUUUUCCUUUUUAAGUUUUAAAACUCGGAUGCGUGUCCCAUGUGCAAGCUCUUGAUGGCUAGUAAGGAAGGCAUUUGUGUUUCUGCAGUCAUGCAAUCUGCAGGAACUAUGGGUCAAGCUGUGCUUCAUUUGGCUUUUUAUUACUGCUUACCCAAUUCUCCCACCCAUUUUUCCUAGCUGGAAGCUGCUUCUGUUAUGCCAAAUCUCUGAAUUUUUUGUGUUGCAGGAAUACAUUCUUUCUAAUAUGCGAUUUUAUUUUUUUUUCUGUGAAUGUGUUUCAGGAAAGGAGAUGACAUUGUUUCUGAAAGAAUGCACUUUCUUUGCAGUAGGGAAGAAAGCCUUGUCCUGCUGGAGAGUCCCAUGUGUAGGCUGUCUGGAGCAGCACUGUCUGAAGAAUUGGUUUCUAGCCCUGCCAGGUAGUGAGAUAUUGGGACUUAAAACUGACUCUUUGAUCUGUAAGGAAUGGUUUGGAGCACACUGAUGCCUGACCUUUCUCUGACUCUGAGCCCUGUACACUCAUGGUAGCUAAGGUAACCUGACUUCAUAGGCAAAGAAAAUAGAUAAACUUCUCCUGCUUUUUUUUCCUUCCUCCAAGUAGAGACAAUAGGCCUGCUGGUACAUAUGAAGGUAUUUAGGAUUAUUCACAAGUUCUCUUUGGUCAUUACCAUUCACUCAUGUCCAUGCACAUGUGUGUCUAUACCUGCAUCCAAACUUCUUCCUGGAUCCUUGAUUAUCUAUAUAUUAGUUACUAUUCCAUAGUCACCUUCCAGAAGUGCUAAAUGGCUGUUGUAUUGUGCUCUCAGGAAUGAUGACAGCUCAUUUGUCAAACAGCUGGAUGCAUGAGGAAUAUUUACUUUUCAGUCCUGUAGAUGUCAUGGCUCUGGUUUUAUCAGUAGGGAAGUUUCUUGCUGCCUGUGACCUGGUGCGUUAGCACAUCCUCCAUCCAACAGCUCUGUCCUUUUGGGUGAACUUUGAAAAAUCCUCGUGGUUUUGGGGCAACCCUAAUGUAGACCUGGUGUUCUGAUGUACAGAGAGGAAAGGUAGCUCAGUACUCUGAAUCUCAGAAGAAUGUUUUUUCAAACCUAGCCGAUGCUGAGAACCAAGUGGUUCAUUCAUGCAGUGGGUUCAGAUGAAGGCUGGCUUUUGAUUACAUCUUUGCUUUUUAGACAAAGGUUGUUGCAGACAGUUUACUUAGACAUAUCUGAUCUUUUCCUGCACUGUGUUGCCAGUUUGCCAACCAGCACAAUUUAAUUUUUUCUCCUAAAUUAGCUCUAAAUGUGUUGAUUGUUUAAAUCCCUGGAAAGAGGAACUCCUGGUGGUUUGAGACCUGUUCAGGGCUUUCAGAGUAUGGUCAAGUUCCUUGUGAUGAGAACUUGUUGGACAUAGAGGUGUCCUGGUGGAGGACUCUUUUCUGUAUGUUUUGUCAGGAAAUUGAGUUUAAAGUUUGAGAGUUGCCCAGCUGAAAAUGUUGAUAAGAUUUAAUAACUUUUUUUUCAUACCUAAUAUAUUGUUUGCCGGUCUGUGCUCAUUAAUCAGAGGUGUAAAUUACCUUUUGACCAACCUGUGGUUGCCAUUGCUAUGCUGGCAAAAGCCCCAGUGGGCACACUUGCACCAGCAAAAUAUCAUUUCCUUAAUAAGGCUCUGCUUGGGGAAUUGGCAGAAGUUCAGCCUAAGUUCAGCCUCCAAAAACUGCAUCAGACCUGCACUGCCUCUUCCCAGCCAACCCAAGUGUAGGUGAUGGCUCAGUUUGGAUGAAGAGUUUUCCUGCACUAGUCAGUACCCCAGACAUGCAGUGGAGGAGUCUGCUGGGGUUCCCUUGAAAUCCCAGCUACUUACAUUAAAUGAAUUUCAAGGCCGCCAAUGCCAUUUUUGUAACCACUUGCUGUAUUUCUGCUGCUUUCAGAAAGGAAAGCUGAGCACGGGGUUGUGUUGAGAAGUUUUGCAAAGUCUCACCUGGCUCUUACUUCUGCCUUGCCUCUUCACUUUUCAGACUGAACACAAGCAACCUGGGCAUUGCUAGCACCGCUUUCUUGCUGUAAAAGAGAUUACCUUUUUGUGUUGGUUAACAAUAAGCAAACAAACUCAUAACCCAGAUGCUCCCCCCCUUCUCUCUCCUGUGAUUUACUGCUAGAGAUGACUGUCAUCUCUUCGCUGCUGCUGCUGCUGCUGUUUUAAAUGGUUUGGUGUGUGAGCUUUCUGAAACAACCUAUGUGUAGAACCUCACUGGGGACAGAGCUGUCUCCUUUCUCCUUCCUUUCUCUCCUUGGCUUGUGCUCGUCUGUCUGCUGUGGUAGUUUUAUUAAUGAAUUGUAUUUGUCCAUAUUAGAUAUAAUUUGGAGGAGGUUUGCAUGUAGGUAGUUUGCAAGCAACUAAGGUGCCUCAUGUUCAGGUCUGAGCAGAUAGGAAUCCCCUUGCACUUGAGAGGGCCUGAUCCAAAGCCUGGUGAAGUUAGUAGGAAGGCUCUUGUCCACUUCAGGGGGCUUUGGAUCAGGCCUUACACCCCCACCUUUGUUGUGCCUCACUUAAAAUGGUGCUUUUUCAGUUGUCUGUCUCUUUUCCUGUUUUGUUUUGUUUUGUUUUUUCUUUGUACGGUGCUGUGUAUAACUUGAAUAUAUUAUGCACAUAUCCUACCCAAUGGGUAGAACAAACAAACAUACAGAAACAAAUAGAUGUUAAUACUGUAAGAUAAUGUAUAGAUUAUACCAGUUUUAACACACACAAAAAAAUGGCAUAGACUUUGUGAAUGCCAGCUCCUGUGCUUGGUCCUUUUUUUGUAAAAGAAUUUGCAAAUGAAUGCAUACAAAUGACAAAAAGUCUAUGUAUUUUAUUUUCCUAUUAAAUAUCAAUAUAAUACCAUAAGGGAAAAAAUUUGAACAAAUCCUUUUCGACUGCCCCCUGUAUAGCAAUUGGUCGUUUGAUGCAUCUUUGCUGUGAAGAUCUGUUUUGUUUGUUGUUUGGUUUUUUUUAAAAAUGUGUCACUUUAGGAAAAAGAUAAAAACAUAAAACAUUCAAACCUGCACAGCUUUAACCUUGCAACUAGAUGCUUUUUGGUUGCUGGCUCACUAUUGCUGAGUUGGACCAGUAUUAUUUACUACAUCUCCAGCAGAUACGUUAUUUAUUAUUAUCCUUUAUUACCUUUUUUGAAACAAACAAACAAACAAACUUAGAAAUGGUCUGAAACCUUUGGAAUCUCUUUAUCCACAUCCUAGAUUUGAAGUGAAGCUCAGACAUGUGGCAAGUGGCCCAAACUGUCCCUGCCAGAUCAAAGCUAGGCUAAGGAGAGUUCUGUGACACCAGCCAGCCCUUGCUCUAUGCCCACUGCUGGUACUUGAUCCUGCGGGUGCACACUGGUGCUGGUGCUGGUUCUGGUGCUGGUGACCUCUGUGGCUGCAGGGGUGCAAACCUUGAAGGCAGACAAGGAAAGCCUUGAGUUGGUAGCGAGCGAAGUGCAGGGUUUGAGCGGGAGCUUUUGAGUCGGCAGCGCUGCUGCUGCUGCUGCUGCGUUGGCCCCUGGCAGCACAGUGGCUUAACCCAGGCUCUUAUUUGGGAUUAUGGAGAAAAACCUGUGCAGAACCAGUGCAGGAACCAGUGUGGAAAGUUGUUCGACACUGGAACUUUUUGCCAGGCUCCCCCAGCAGUGUGAUUCUGCCUGGACAUCUCCACGCGUUAGGCUGUCCGUCCCCGUGCCCCCCUGUGCUCUCGGCACGGGCUCUUUGGUAAAGAAAAUACCUCAGGAAAACUCAACAUGAAGUUCUAGUGUAGAGACUUGCAGAUGCUGUACUUAUUUUUCUAAACUGUUUGUUCUAACUCUCCCAGGAUGGUGGGUGAUACAGAAGUUUAUUGGUCCCAGACAAACUGCUCCUCUCACAGACGGAUACCGACUAAUCUUUCGUAGAUAUUCAUGUCUAUAUGUAGCUUUUUUUAUAUUUGUCAGGCUUUAACCACAGAUGUAAGGUAGCAGCAUGUUGAGAUACAUUUGAGAUGGCAUUUUUGGUUGGUUUUGUUUUCAGAUGACUAGCUAAAGGCUAUGAUAAAACUCAAGGGUCUUUAUCUGAGGCCCAGUGAAGUCAAUGGUGAGGCCUCCUCUGGUUUGAGGGAACUCCUGGUCUGGUCCAUCACACACAAGGAUUGUGCCUUGCAGCACAGUCCUCGACUUCUGUCAGCCUGAAAUAUCAGCUACAUGCUUGUCUGUAAACAUUUUUUAAAAUCCCUCACAGGAGUCCUGUAUCUGAAUGUUGAUCAUGGUUGUUCUGGGUUUUGCUUUUAUUUCCUGUUUUCAGAUGUGUGUAAUUUUUUAUGGCCAGUUCUGCAUCAUCAGGCCCAGGUAACUUGUGUCCAUCCCACUAUAUAUUGAGCUGUUCCAUCGGUCAGCAUGUACCAUUAGGAAAUACACAUGUUCCCUGACUCUCAUUUCUUAACUCAUUUAUUGUUUGUCCAGGCAUAAGGAAUUGUUUUUGGAUGUCUGCCUUGCCUGGCCACCUUCACGUUUUGGUUUGCACUGCAGUACCACUUCUGUGCAUGAAGGGAGGAAGGAAAACAAACAAAAAAAAAACCCCAGGCCUUGACUAGGAAGCCUGUACAGAGCAAACCUCCUGCUGGAGGAAUCCAGGGUAGGAUUUAUCAGAACAAAACUUGCAUAUUGAGUGGACCAAACACAAGCACGUCUCCUUUGAGAGGCACUGACUUGCUUUGAAGCUGCAGUGAGUGGGGAGAGCAGCCUGGCUUACCCAGUGUGUCCAGAGCUGUGCUCACAUUGCCCACAAAGCACAGCAGGCAGCCAAGAGUUUUAGAAGAAGUCUAAGCAGAAGUUAUGAGAGCCUCAGACAUUGUAGACCUGGACAGCAAAAAUACUACUAAUAAAAACAACAAGUACUUCACUUUAAUAUUCUUUAGCAAAGUUUUUCUACUUACAGUACAAAUACUACAUAAGUGUUGAUAGGGGGUUUUAUCUUUGUAAAGCUACAAACUGCCCAGUGCUGCUGUGCUCAGAGCGUUUCACCAUGGUAUGUACAUCAGUCAGGCUGUUACACUUAAAAUUAACCAUCAAAUGCCUGUUUUCAGAGUGUUGACCCUUUCUUUGUUGUUUCUUGCUAGUUAUUUUACAGUGUAAAAUGCUUUAUUGCUGUAUGGAUCUUUUUGUAUUUCCAACUUUGUGGCUUUCAAGAUCACGUUUUUGACACAUCUUUUAUUUUUGUCCGGUUUGUUUCAAGCUAUCCUGAAAUAUGUACAGCACUAUCAACAGUAUUUAAUCUUUCUUUUAAAUUUUAUUGUUGCUAAAAAACCCACAAAACCUAUUAAAAACAGUAAGUCUUUUUACAACUGUAUUGGAACUUCUCAAUAGCUGUUCAUGUGAUGCUAUGACAAACCUGGCUUGCUUUACUAUUUUAUUUUUAAAUUUUACUUUCCUUUUAAGACAAUUAAUUUGUUGUUUAAUUUUCCACAGUAACUCCCAGUUAUAUACAAGAAAAUAUUUCAACUGUUGUGUAUCUGACUCUUUUAAUUGAGCAAAUGGUGAUGUCCUAGUUUUUAGACCUAAGGUCUGUUUAUUGCAAUACUUUUAAAGGAAGAUGUUGCUCUAAGUGCUGUUGUUAGUUUUAAAUACAGAUUUUAUGCUUGUUCUUAAUAUGCUGUGGUUAAACCAUGGCACAAAAUUAUUAAAAAUCAUGAAAUGCA